AUGUCCUACGCUUCAUCUGACAGCUCUCUCGAUGACUCAAAAUCCCUCUCAGGGGCUAGCAGUACAAUGUACAGCACUUCUCCAUCCUUUGCAGUUGACGAAGAUGACACCUUUAUCGAUUCAUCAAAGGCGUCAACGAGGCGGAGGCAAGGGAGACAGGAAUCACAAGCGUUGCUCGACUUCUUUGCGAGAGAUAGGAAAGUCGCAUGGCUGCGUCGUUUAAUCUAUCUCGCCAUUCUCUUGCUUGGUCUUGGGGUUGCGCUUUUGGUGUAUUUUGCGAUUGAGAACGAAGAAAAGCAAGCAUUCGAAAACCACUUCCAAGAGGAUGCAACUCAAGUUCUUCAGUCCUUUACGUUGACAAUUGAUUUGGCGUUUGGUGCUCUGAACACGUUUGCACUGAACAUUGCUUCAUUUGCCAGAGCAACGAACCAAACUUGGCCCAACGUCACCGUGCCUGAUUUUGGCGCCAAAGCUGAAACCACUCGAGCUCUGUCCAAGGCCCUUUAUCUAGGCCUUUAUAUGAACGUUCAGGCGGAGGAAAGGAACCAGUGGGAAGCUUACACAGCUGAGAAUGGGAGGACCUGGGUUCAGGAAUCACUAGAGUUCCAGAAGAGGCAAAAUCUUGUCCAAGAUCAACUUGCUAAUGUGGGUGUCUCAAGUAUGGAAGAUGUUAUGUUUUGGGAUGUGAUAUUCGACUACGAUGAGUAUGAGAAGCCUGAAGAACAAUGGGGAGAAGGCGGUACAAAUCUAACAGGGCCGUAUUUGCCUUUCUGGCAGAACUCUCCAAUGAUACCAGUUGAGCCACCAUACAAUUGGGAUCUUUAUAGCUGGCCUGGAACGGGAGAAGUUCCACAGAUCUUUAAAGACCACAACCCCAUUUUUUCAGAGACGUAUUUGAUCGCUGAAGAACACGAGGCCGAAGUAUUGGAGGAAAUAAAGGCAUCGGAACCUUUCCACGAAGCGUACAUUCAGACAGGCGAGGAAGCGUUGGCCCCGAUUUUCGAUCUUUAUUACCCUAUCAUUCCGGAAAUGGCAGAUUGGGUACAGGUGCCGUUCGAUAAUGGAGAGUACAUUCCGUCAGAUCAUCGUGUUGGAGCUAUUAUUGUUGCGGCUUCCUAUUGGCGAGACUGGAUCAAAGGAAUCCUACCAGAGGGCCGAGAUGGCGUGAUCAUCACUUGGACGAGCCCCUGUGCACCUUCCUUCACCUAUCAGAUUGACGGACCUGAUGUGAUAUACUUGGGAGUAGGAGAGGGGCACGAAGAUAAGUUUAGUCAUAUGAAUGUGAAAGCUACAUACAAAGACUUGACGAGUAAUGCCUUCAACACUCAAAUUUACACCGGAAUUCCUUUGAGUUCCGAUCCGAUUUGUCCUUUCACUCUCAAUUUGUACCCGUCAACAUUGAUGGAAGAAAAGUUUCGUUCUGGACGGCCUCUACUCUUCUCCAUAUUGACGAUUGGCCUGUUCAUGGUCGCUGCAUUGGCUCUGUAUGCAUACGACUACCACGUAGAGCAGCGAAAGCGAAACCUCGUAGAGACCGCAGAGAAGACUGACGCGAUUGUCUCCAACAUGCUUCCUGCAAAUGUCCGAGACAUUCUUUACCACAAUGUGGUCGACGAUGAAUCGAUAUCAAAUAAUGAUGAUGACAAGGGUGUUCACUCAAUGUUCAAGGGUAGCGUGAUCGCAGAGCUGUAUCCAAGCGCAACCAUUGUUUUUGCUGAUAUUUCCCGCUUCACCGCGUGGUCUUCGACUCGGGAACCAACACAAGUGUUUCAUCUUCUGGAGACUGUUUACGCAAGCUGGGACAAGAUUGCCUAUCGUUAUGAUGUCACCAAGAUCGAAACUGUUGGAGACUGCUACGUUGCCGUAUCUGGAAUUCCAGCAGCGCAAGAGGGUCAUGCUUUGGCUGCUGCUCGAUUCGCAAGAGACAUCAUCGCCGAGUGGUCAGAUCUUGCGACAAAAUUGGAGGUCUCGCUUGGGCCAGAUACUGCGGAUCUGAAGGUUAGAAUCGGUAUUCACUCUGGUCAAGUUACUGCGGGUGUUCUGCGAGGCACCAUGGCUCGCUACCAGCUUUUUGGCGAUACUGUCAACACGUGUUCCAGAAUCCAAACAAGCUCCGAUCCGGGGCGCAUUCAUGUUUCAACUGCGGCCGCCGAGCUGCUGCUUGCAAAAGGAAAGGCGAGCUGGCUACGAAAACGCAAGGGAACUGUCAGGCUACGAGGAAAGGGUGACGUUGAAACGUACUGGCUGGCACUCAAGACCACCAGACGAGUCGUCAAUGGCAAGCGGACGUCCAGUGAGUCAUUGGGCCAGAUGAUUAUGAUCGAAGAGCAUGACGGAGACAUUGAAGAAGACACGAAAUCUGACUCUGAGCUGGAAGACUGGGACAACUUUGGCGAUCUUGACGAAGCGGAUGCUUCAGGAGACAAGGUGAAGCGUUUGGUUGACUGGAACGCCAACUUACUGGCCGACCUCAUUAAGCAAAUCUUAUCAGCGCGUGAUUUGUCGUUGGCAUCUGAUCCUACUAUUCUCACUGCCAGAGAAAAGACCAUUGGUCAUGGUGGCACAGUACUGGAAGAGUUCAAGGACAUCAUCGAGGUAUCGCCAGGAGAUGCAGUUGACAGCGAAGGGAGCAAAGACAGGAAUAUUACUCAAUUUGAUGAAAUCGCAAUCGAUCAACUGCGAGAUUUUCUUUCGCAGGUAGCCAGUAUGUACCAAUCCAACCAUUUCCAUAACUUUGAGCAUGCAAGCCACGUCACAAGCUCUGUCCGAAAACUUUUGUCUCGUAUUGUCAUGGUGGGCAACGAAAUCAAAGAUCGAAGUGGGCAUUCCUAUGGCAUUACUUCGGAUCCCCUCACCCAAUUUGUGGUGGUCCUGUCAGCGGUAAUCCAUGACUGUGAUCAUCCCGGAGUUCCAAAUGCCACAUUGGUCUCAGAGAAUACUGAUGCUGCGAUCCUGUACAAUGGGAAGAGCGUUGCCGAGCAGAAAAGUGUAGACCUUUGCUGGGGUCUUCUGAUGGAACCAAGCUUUGCCAAGCUCCGGUCGUGCAUCUAUCACAAUGAAGCUGAGCUGUUGCGUUUCAGACAGUUGCUAGUGAAUAUUGUCAUGGCGACUGAUAUUGCAGACAAAGAACUUGGUGCUUUGCGCAAGGCUCGAUGGAAGGUGGCCUUUGCGGAGGACUCUCCAGAUGGUACCACCGCCAUGGCCGACAAGAAUCGCAAGGCAACCAUUGUUCUGGAGCACUUGAUCCAAGCUUCCGAUGUCUGUCACACCAUGCAGCACUGGCAUAUUUUCCGCAAGUGGAACGAAAGGCUCUUCUUUGAAAUGUACUUGGCAUACAAGCAGGGUCGAUCAUUGGUAGAUCCUCGGGAGAACUGGUAUGAGAGUGAGAUUGGCUUCUUCAACUUCUACGUGAUUCCGUUGGCGAAGAAGCUUGAAACUUGUGGUGUCUUUGGGGUAUCUAGUCACGAAUACUUGGAGUAUGCAACUGCCAACAAGGAACAGUGGAUCCUUGAAGGGAAGGCAUGCUUGGAAGAGUACCAGAAGAAGUUUGAGUCGGAGAUAGGGGAUGGUGGGGAUACAUCAGCUACAAAUAAGAAGCUGCACGAAAUGAAGAAAGGAAAGAAAGAGGAAGUCUAG